CAUAUCAGGUGUGUCAGCUUGACGUUUGAGGACAAGUCGUUGUCCAGUUAUUUGUUUGUUUGGUGUCGGAUUUUAGGAGAAUCAUUUACUUUGAAGCGCCUUUCAAAAUGACGGCGGAUGUUCGAGAUAUCCUUGAACUCGAACGGCCAGUGACGCCAGAAAUUACGAAGGAGUCAUUUUUGAACACUAAAACUAGAAAAUUUGAAAGGGUAAAGACGACUAAGAGGCCGGAGGGAAUGCACAGAGAAGUUUUUGCUUUACUCUACAAUGACAAUAAAGACGCUCCGCCGAUCUUACCAACGGAUACUGCUCUGGGUAUCGGUUCUGGCUAUAAGCAAGCCAAAGCUCGGCUUGGUAUGAAGAAGGUACGUCGGUGGGAGUGGGCUCCCUUCAGUAACCCAGCCAGAAACGACGGCGCAAUUUUUCACCACUGGAAAAGAGUUUCGGAUGACUCGCGUGAAUAUCCGUUUGCAAAAUUUAACAAGCAAUUGAAUAUACCGGCAUAUACGCUCAACGAAUACAACACCCACUUGAGAACUAAUCCCACCAAGUGGUCGAAGGCUCAGACAGAUCACUUGUUUGACCUGGCAAAAAGGUUCGAUUUACGGUUUAUUAUUAUGGCCGAUCGUUGGGAUCGUGCCAACUAUGGGAUCAAGACAGUCGAGGACCUCAAGGAGCGAUACUAUGAAGUUCUCGGGAUAUUAACAAAACUAAAAGGUAGUGGAGAUAAAAAGAUUUAUGUCUUCGACUCAGACCACGAGAGAAGAAGGAAGGAGCAGUUAAAAAAGUUGUUCGAUCGUACUCCGAAACAAGUUGAAGAAGAAUUUAUGUUACUGAACGAAUUUAAAAAAAUUGAAGCUCGCAAGAAAGAGCGGGAAAGGAAAACACAAGAUUUGCAAAAACUUAUUUCUCAAGCCGACCAACAGGGUGAGCACAAUUUUAACGCAUCAACGUCUAGAAAACAGGAGAAAAAACUUUACAAAAAGAAAAUACAGAGUCAACCCCGCCCGUCAAAAGUAGAUUCUGUUGUUAAUGCGGUUGAAUCAGCCGGUAUAAAAUUCUCGGAUCUGCGCGGAUCAGGUGUGUCAUUAAGAUCUCAGAAGAUGAAGUUACCUGCCAAUAUCGGUCAAAAGAAGGCAAAAGCCUUGGAGCAAACAAUACAAGAGUUUAAAGUUGAUCCUGCUCCUCCGCCGACAGAGGAAAUAUCAAAUGUAUUCAAUGAACUAAGAUCUGAUAUGGUCUUGCUGUGUGAGCUCAGAACAGCGCUAGCUACGUGCCUCUUCGAGCUGGAAAGUCUCAAACAUCAGUAUGAGGCCAUAUGCAUAGGAAAGACAUUAAAUAUCCCUGCUCCUUUGGCAAUGAAAGAAGAAGGCACAAAAACUCUAGAGAGUAUAAUCGAUGUUGUCGGUUCACCUCAUAUGAGCGGUGUUUAAACGAAUCAG